AUGGGGAAAGACAUUAAUUCGUUCAAUCUUCUUGAUAACAACAUUUGUUUUGAUGAAGACCAAUUCAAAUUUAGAGAAAUCGAUGAUAAAUUAGCUGUUGAAAUUCCAGAAGAAGAUAUUGUGGCAUCAGAAGUCCUUAAUAGUAAACAACGACAUGUCUAUAAUUUAGUUUUGGGAAAGAUUUUUUCAAAUGAAGCUGCUACAUUCUUUGUUGAUGGCCCUGGUGGGACGGGGAAUACAUUCCUAUAUAAGGCACUUCUUGCUGCAGUAAGAUCAAAAAAAUUAGUCGCACUUGCAACUGCUUCAUCUGAUGUUGCUGCAUCUAUCCUUCCUGGAGGUCGAACAGCACACUCGCGCUUUAAAAUUCCACUAGAUACUGAUGAACAUAGCAUAUAUUGUGUCAAUAAACAAAGUGCCCUCGCAAAGUUACUACGUGUGGCAAGAGAUUUUCGCCAAGUUUUACCUGUGGUUCGUAAAGAAACAAGACAAGAAGAUGUUGACGCCAGUUUGGUUUCUUCUUAUUUGUGGCAUACAUUGAUCAAGUUUCAUUUGACUGAAAAUAUGCGAGCAAGAUUGGAUCCAGUCUUUUUAGAAUAUGUGUUAGAAUUGGGCAACGGAAUGCCACCAAUCACAGUUGAUGAAACUAUAAAAAUUCCUAAUGGCAUGCUUGUUCCCUGUGAAGAUGACUAUACUUCUUUGGAUCAUUUAAUUGAUGUUAUUUUCCAUGAUAUUCAUGAAUAUUCAAUAAAUAUUUCAGCUAUGAUGAAUCGGGUCAUAUGA